UGUUUGUCAAUGUCAGAACGUCAGGAGAGGUCAGUGUAUGUAUAUAUAUGCGCAUAACCUGUUUGAUUUUAGUCUCAGCAGAGAAAAUGGAGGUUUGUGCAUGCCCAAAUAUCCCUCUGCGAGCUUGGUCUUCUUCUGAUUUCCCUUGUGGUGUUUCUGGUGAUCGUCAGAGGUGGAUAGAGUAUAUUAGCUCUGUGGUUUCUGCUGUUCUUAGCAACCUUUUCUAUGCAAUUCUCAUCUGCUUGUUUGGAGUUGUUUGGGCGACGUUAGGAGCGAUGACGGUAUUGAUUGGGGCAGUAUUUGGCUUAAAAAGCAGGAGGGGCUUGUUGCAUGGGGCUGCCGCCGGAGCUUAUUUCUACCUUUUGUUCUUUAAAGCUUCCGCUGGUUUGUGGACGUCUUUCGCCGAUGGACCUUUGUCCUUCCUUCACUUGAUUGCGGUAAUUUCAAGACUUGUAAAUCCAGCACUGCUUUACUUGGGAGAAUUGAUUGGUUCAGUAGGGAAUCAGGAUGUGCAGGAUCAGAUGGGCACUGUUCAAUCAAUCAAUGAGGUCCAGAGAUCAAUCAGUACCAGAGGAGCCAAAGAAUCAUCCAGGAGAUCAGUUGAUCGGCUCUCAAAAACUAAAAUCACGGAUCAGAAUAUAUACGACGAUUCAGGCAACAGAAUCUCAUGCCCGAUUUGCCUUGAGGAUUUUCAACUCGGGGAAGUAGCUGGAAUCCUGCCACUAUGUCACCACAUGUUUCAUCAACCUUGCAUCGGAAAGUGGCGUUCUAGGAACAGUUCUUGUCCUUGGUGCAGAAGGAACCAAUAGCUCUUCGAUGUAUAGCUCACCAUAGCGAAAACCCCAAGGGUUGGCCCGGUGUGUUCCUCUUUUUCGCCGCGUAGACGUGAGUGAAAAAUCAAUGGGUGUGCGGUAUAAGCGCGGGUGUGCCUGGACUUGUUGACAUCCAACGUGUGAAUAGGCGAGAGUGCCUCGAUCUAACUUAUUGCACGUGACCCAAAAGAUGAGACCACAAAGAAAUUAUGUUUUUGUCACAACAAAGUGGACUUCAAUAUUUUCCAACCGUGCGAGAAAGAAGAAAACUAAAGUAAAAAAAAGAAAA